AUGAAUUGGCAAGGCGGUUCAGUGCAGUAUGAAAUGAAUCGUGAAUGUAUCAGCGAUCCUUCGUUUGAAUAUAAAGAUGGACAUACUCAAAUGCGCCUCUGUUGUCAAGGCAUGCCAUUAACUACGGCAGCACCACAUUUUCCAAGAGAAUGUGGUAAACAGUUGUACAUACCGCUGGAACGUAUUAUUGGUGGUUCUGUUGUACUAGAACAUUCAUGGCCGUGGCAAGUUUUGGUACUUGGACCUGACAAUAUGUGUGGGGGAGCUCUAAUUGAUGAACGACAUGUUCUUACGGCAGCACAUUGUAUUAAGUCAACACAAGGCUAUACAGUUACUGUGGGCUUACAUGAUAAAGAUGGGGUCCAUUUUAUGGAACAAGAAAUAACUGCAGAAAAGAUCUAUGUGCAUGAACAGUAUGACAGUAUAGAAAUAACAAAUGAUAUAGCUAUCAUUUAUUUGUCAAAAUCUGUUGAAGUCACAGAUAAAGUAAACUUUAUCUGUCUUCCAGGUGCAGAAGCAGGCAUUAAUGAAAAAGUUUAUGCCGUUGGCUGGGGAAGAACAUCAGUAAGUGGUGAUCAAAGUGCAGUACUGAAACAAACAGAUUUAAAGGUAAUGGACUGUGGUGGAUUCUGGGCACCAUCACAAUAUGAUACUAAUAAACAAAUCUGUGCCAACACAGUGGGAGCUACAACGUGUAAUGGCGAUUCUGGUGGUCCCUUAAUGUAUCAGUACAAUGGACAAUGGUAA